AUGUACAUAAACCCUGGCCAGUACGCCCAGGCGUUUGGCGAGAUCAAAAGAACGUCGUCGUCGCAUGCCACGUGCAAGCUCAUUCUCUUUGUGCUGUGCCUCAGCAUCGACAGCAUCUGCACCGCCAAAAUCCUCACGCUCGUGUUGAAAAAGAGCUUGGUCCAGUACCAGCUCAUUCCUGUUGCGGGCUACUUUGACUUGAAAGAGCAGUAUCUGCGGCUCGACCCGGAGGUGACGAACGUGAUUCUUGUGGGUUGUGGCGCCAUGAUCGACCUCGAGGCGUUUUUCGAGAUCGACCCGGAAUCGUACGUUCUGGAGCCCAGAGGGACGUGGGACGACUUGGAGCUGCUGCCGCGCCGCAGUUUCCGCCGCAAGAUCUACGUGGUGGACGGCGCACGCCCGUGGAACCUCGACAACGUGUUUGGCUCCGAGAUGGUUGUGUGUUUUGACGAUGGCUACAUCGACAAGAACUUGGCGGCAGAGCGAGACGCGUACCGCGUGCUCACGGAGGAGGCGCUGGACAGCGAGGAGGGCCUGGACAGCCUGGAGGGAGAACUGGACAACGAGGACGAGCCGGAGAUUGUGGACGCAGAGGAUAUGGAAAAUCCAGAAACCAGCAACGGCACCAACGCCAAAGCCGCCCGCCGCCGCCGCCACGCGUCCCAGGACAUUGUGGAGGCGUACUACAACCAGGGCACGGCGGUUUUCGCCGCGUCGACGGCCAUCAUCUACGCCCUCUUGGCCACAAUCGGAGAAACAAACACAGACCAUCUUUGGUUGGCGAUUGUGGGCGCCGCGUCGUUGGACAGGCUCCACCCGCACGUGUACGACAAGAUCCAGCCGCUUUUCGAAGAGGAGGUGCGGCGGUUGGCGGUGGACGCCGAACGGCUGGCCGAUACAACUUCGCUCACGGUGGAAAAGGACUACCACCUAUUCCUCUUGCGCCACUGGACGUUGUACGAUGCGUUUUUCUACUCGCCCGUGGUCAACGCCAAGCUCAACUUGUGGACCGACGACGGGCGCAAGAAGCUCCACAAGCUUUUCGCCAAGAUGGGUAUUUCGCUUGCCGUGGCCCAGCAGCAGUGGCUCUACAUGGACACGGCGGUCAAGAAGAACUUGCCGGUGAUUUUCGCCAAGUACCUCCCCCUCUACGGGCUCGAAAACGUGGUGCGCGACGGCUUUGUGCGGACCUUUGGCUAUGUGGGCCAGCUUUCGGCCAUGGAGUGUGUGGAGGCGUUGGCAGCGUUGCUAGAAGCCGACGUACCGCACGACGACGCCGACGACGACAUCAACGCGCAGAUCGAGCGCAAGGAGAAGCUGUGGGUCGCCAGUUUCUGGCAUUCGUGGGAUGCGCUCAACAUGACAGCACACGGCGCCAGCUCGCGCGCAGUUUCGUCCACGUUGGCGCCCGUGGGCCGCAAGUUGAAGGGCUACGACCUUCUCGUGCAUGGGCUCGAGCGGGCGAAGGAAAUGCAGCAGACCGUGUUCAGAACAGGGCUGUCUGUGCUCGAGCGGAAGCUUGUGAAGAAUCUUCGGCUCUACAGACUUUGCGUGCUCCACGACGGCGCUAUCCCCGACCUCGCUGUCUUCACCAACCCGACUGUGCUUGCCCGCCUCGGCAACUGGCUUUUGGAGAAUAUUUGCGAGUUGGAGCUUGCCAACACGGCCGACCGCAUAGGCGCACUCAAGCCGCUUGUCGUGGCAGCAUUGGACGUGCUGAGCGACACAUACCUUGUCAUUGGUCUAGCGCCGCGGUAUCCGCGUGGGCUUGACAACUCGACGAAGCUCCAGCUUGCGCAGAAUGGCGGACUUACGGCUCGCCUUAAUACGUUCAGCGUGGCGUUCCAGAAAGUGGCCGCCACCUCGGGCGCAAAAGUCCGCAUCAACAGCUUUGACUCGUCUGUGAUCGAGGUGCGGCGGGACGACCUUCUGCCGUUUUUGGAAAAGCUCACUUUGAGCGGGCUCAUCUGA